CAAACCCAUCCACAAAACGCAACCAGGAAAGCUCUCUCUCCCUCUCUCUCUCAAACACACGCACACUCUCAUCCCUCUCUCUCCUUAUAUCCUUCUCUCUUUUAAAUCCCCAGAAUUUCAAAAUUCUCCAAAACUCUAUAUAUAAAAACAACUCCCUUUUUAAACUCUUCCCGCUCCCUCCCAAAUUUCCGUUAAUUUCUUCUUCUUCUUCUUCUUCUUCUUUAGAUCUGAUUCUUCUGAUUCUGAUUUUUUUCGAUCAUCAAACCCUAGCACAGACAACAUCAAAUUAAAGAGAGAGUAAAAGAAGAAUUUAUAAGAAAAUAAAGGAAUGGCAGAACAGGGAUUGGUGGAAGGGAGCCAACCAGUUGAUCUCAAGAAGCACCCUUCUGGGAUUGUCCCUACCCUUCAGAACAUUGUGUCUACAGUAAAUUUGGACUGCAAAUUGGAUCUUAAGGCCAUUGCACUUCAAGCUCGUAAUGCAGAAUACAAUCCCAAGCGUUUUGCUGCCGUAAUUAUGAGGAUAAGGGAACCAAAAACCACAGCCUUGAUUUUUGCUUCUGGAAAGAUGGUUUGUACUGGAGCUAAGAGUGAACAACAGUCGAAGUUGGCAGCACGGAAGUAUGCUCGAAUUAUACAGAAGCUUGGUUUUCCAGCUAAAUUCAAGGAUUUUAAGAUUCAGAACAUAGUUGGUUCAUGUGAUGUUAAAUUCCCCAUCAGGCUUGAAGGACUGGCAUAUUCCCAUGGUGCCUUUUCUAGUUAUGAGCCAGAGCUGUUCCCAGGGUUGAUCUAUCGCAUGAAACAACCAAAGAUUGUGCUGCUUAUUUUUGUGUCAGGAAAAAUCGUUCUUACAGGAGCUAAGGUGAGAGAUGAGACCUAUACAGCCUUUGAGAACAUAUACCCGGUGCUUACAGAGUUCAGGAAAAACCAGCAAUGAUUUUGUGGGAAGAGAAGCCAGAUCUUGUUUGCGAAAGUUAGGAGGUGGAAUACCUGGCAAUGUAGCUGCUGAGCCUGGAUUGAACUGUAAAUAUAAAAGCAAAUUGUGCAUUGGUUCUCUGGUUUUUAAGUUAAAAAAAAUGUGUUCAGUGUCUGCAUUUAAUUUUCUUGGCUCUGAUGUAGUAGUGGGAGAAGAACCAUAUAUUUUACAGAGUUGUCGACGGAAAAAAAAAAAAAAAAACAGAUGGGGAAAAAAGAGAGAAUAAGAAUUUUUAACUUUCUGUUGGACUUUUGCUUUUGCUGUUUGGAUAGAAUGUAAUUUUGUGAAACUUGAAUCGACUCUAUUGUGCUAUGGUGCUA